AUGGGGGCGAAAACGUAUAACUUGCCGCGCUGCCUCAUUACACCAGACAAAGCAGCAGGCAAAAGUUUUAAGGAGAUCACAGAGGUUCACCAAAAACACUUCCAACCAAAGCCCCUUGUCAUAGCCGAACGAUUCAGGUUUUAUAAACGGAAUCAGUUAAAAACCAAGUCCACUUUGGAGUACAUCGCGGAGCUUCUGCGGCUGUCGGAGCACUGUUCUGAAAAAUGGAGGUGUCCCAUUAUUUGGACGAGACUGGUGGAAGCACUUCCAACUCAACUGGAAAGAAAUAAAAUCCAUGAAGGUUCUGUGGAGGAAAGACUGAAACAAAUAAUUGAGGAACAUGCUCCUGUGUUCAAAGAAGGAAUUUGCAAUCUGAAAAAUAUUAGAGCACAGAUCAUACUGGCUGAUGAUGCAAAACCCAGAUUUCACAAGGCUCGUCCUGUACCGUAUGCUAUAUGGCUUAAAGUUGAAGCAGAGCUGCAACACUUGGAAGAGCAAGGAAUACUCACGAAGGUGGAAUGGUCAGACUGGGCAAUAGUGUCAGUGAGCAAGAAAACAGGUGACAGCGUGAGAAUCUGUGGUGAUUUUAAGGUUUCAGUGAACCCAGUACUCUGCGUAGAUCAGUACCCACUUCCGCGGACAGAAGACAUAUUCACUGCAGUGGCGGGUGGCAAACACUUUUCAAAAAUCGACCUUGCCCAAGCUUACCUACAGAUGGAAGUGGAAGAGGCAACCAAGAAAUAUCUAGUGAUAAAUACUCACAAAGGCCUAUUUCAAUACAACGGACUGGUAUUUGGUAUCGCCAGUGCUCCUGCAGUGUGGCAUCAGGCCAUGGAUCAGGUUCUAGAGGGCGUUCCAGGAACACAAUGUUUUCUGGAUGACAUUAUUGUCACAGGUGUUGAUGAAGAAACACAUUUAGCUAACCUAGCAGCUGUCCUGGCAAGGUUAGAAAAAUAUGGACUGAGAGCAAACAGGAAAAAGUGUGAGUUCUUUAAAGAUGCCAUUGAGAAUGGUGGACAUCGCAUUGACAAACACUGCGCCAGCCCCAACCAGCACCUGUGCACAGGUGGAAGUGGCCAUCCACCCCCUGGCAACGCAUCCACAUAG